GGAGGUUAAGUAAAUAAUUCCAUAACCUAAUAUCAUUCCAUUGGCCAAAUUAUUGGUAAACUACUCGACCUCUGAGCAUAUUACGAAUAUCUCCUAUCCACCGAUAAUUUAUUACUCGAUCUAUCGUCAAUCGUUUGCAACAGUUUGAUAGAAAAUUUAAUUAGCUUUCGAAUAAACCGCAUAAAUCCAAUAAAUCCACUACUACUGUGCGACUUCUACUUCAACAGAAGAUUUACUUACUGCAGCAUCAUAAUGAUGAUGGAAAUUGAAGCAGCGGCUGUAGCGGAGGUUCAGUCGAAUUUACACUCCGAAACCGAGCAGCUUGUCGACAUACCGGGGAAUGCAGAUAGUCUUGUACAGGGGAUUCUAGAAGUAUAUCAACCUUCCGUUGAACAGAUAAACAAUGAUCUGCAAGAAAUAGUGAAGAAACAAAAAAAUGUAAUCGAGAAGAUGAAAUAUGAGAAUAAGCAACUAUCGGAGGCCGCUAAGGAUGACUUGUGCUGUACAGUAUACUCCCUGAUUAAGACUUAUCAAGAGAAAGUGUUCUCCAUAAAGAAAGAACUGGGAAAUGUUCACGAGAAAACCAUGAAGCUGAAGAAACGCGCUCUGCGUCUCCAACAACUGAGACAAGAACAAGGAUUCCAUUGACCCUAUCCCCUUCAUCUAGGUGACCAAAAGGCUGGUAAAAUAGGAUUGUACCAUCAAAUGAACUAUGCUGGUCACUUAACACCCAUGUUAUUCCAUUGUUCUGACCACAGAUCUUAUUUUUAAUAUUAUAUUAUUCUGAGAUUAUGAACACAUCGAAAAUGAAGUCAUGAAUUUAUGAAUUUUUAAAUUAUCGUAAACUAAAUAUUGCUACAAAAGUUAUGUUGUAUUAAAAUUGAAUGAGGGGAAUGCUAAUCAUCUAAGCCUCACUUACAAUAGAAUAGAAUAACAUGAAAAAUGAAAAACAUCAA